AUGCCCCCUCACAACAAUGUAGCCGUGAAUAUGAUGGAAGCUGACAAUGGAAGGAGAUUGAUGUCCUGUGUGGACGAGUUAAAAAUACCACCCAUCGAGAUCAAGAAUGCUUCAAUAAGGGAUAAUGCCUUUCCCAUUUGUAGUAAUGACUGUGAACACUGUCUGAUUAACCCGCAACAAUGUAGAACGUUGAAGUCUGUCAUACAACAAUUAAUGGACCAAGGGAUUUUGGUGGUAGACUUCCCAUCCACAAAAGAAGAUGUGUCUACCCUCGAGAUACCAUACGACGAAGUCCCUCCUCUGCAAAUUCCAUAUGACUUCUCUCAGUUAACUCUGUCAACAAAUCCUGUUACUCCAAUCAUAAUAAUAGUUCCCACACCAUUGUCGUAUGUUGACACCAAGGUAGUCCCAUGGAUGUAUGACACCUCAAUCUACAUUCAUGGUCAGAAGAUUCAAGAAGAACCAUUGAAGUCUAGUGAUCCAAUGAACAAUAUCACCGACACUGACAAAAUUACGAGAAGUAGGAGGAUAUUUACGCUGACACCCACUCCAAUUGGAACUAUCAAUCCUUCAACUUCAGACAAAGGCAAAAAAAUUGACGGAGCUCAGCAAAGACAAGACCCUGCACCUUUCAAUGAAGUAGACGAGUUCUUACGCAUUAUCAAGAAGAGCGAUUGUCGAGUAGUUGAUCAGCUUAAUCAGACACCCUCGAAGAUCUCAAUGUUGUCUUUAUUAAUGUGCUCGGAGGCCCAUAAGGAUGCUUUGGUAAAAUUUCUGAGGACAACUCAUAUACCGCAAGAGAUCUCAGUUUACACAGUCCUAUCAAGAGUUUUGGUAGACACUGGGUCUUCCCUCAAUGUGAUUCCUAAGAGAUCUUUUGCUAAGCUAACUGUUGAAGGACUUGUAAUGAAGCCGAGUGAGCUUAUAAUAAGAGCAUUUGAUGGGACUAGGAGGACUGUAAUCGGUGAGGUGAAUUUUCCUAUGAAGAUUGCUCCCCAUACUUUACUUAUCACUUUCUUCAUAAUAGACAUCUAUCCAACUUAUAGUUGUCUGCUUGGAAGGACUUGGAUCCAUUCAGCUGGUGCAGUCACUUCAACGCUCCACCAAAAAUUGAAAUUCAUAUCUGAUGAUAAACUAGUUAUUGUCGAGGGUGAGGAGGAUAUUAUGGUAAGUCACCUUGCAUCUUUCCGAUACGUUGAAGGAGAAGGGGAGAUGAGGGAAAUCCCAUUCCAGUCAUUCGAAGGUAUCAAUGUUGAAAUGGUUUGCCCAGCAAAGGAUGAAUCAAAAGAUGCCAAAUCUCCAAUGGCAUCUCUUAAGGACUCCCUGACCAUCAUAAAGGAUGGACACCCCAAGGAUGGGGAAGAUUGCUUGAACUUCCUGCCAAUAAGGACCGUACCGGUUUAG